AUGAGUUCAAGUACUACAACACUUUCAGUUCUUACCCUAAAUUGCUGGGGUCUAAAGUUUGUUUCCAAGAAACGAAACAGACGUAUGGAAGCCAUUGCCGAUAACCUGGCAUGUUCAAAUUAUGACAUUGUUUGUUUACAAGAAGUGUGGGUGUAUACCGAUUACGAAUUAAUCAGGAAUAGGACUAAAAAGCGGUUCUCCCAUGCAAAGUUUACCCACAGUGGUGUUUUUGGCGGAGGUCUUGUCAUUCUCUCGCGUUAUCCAAUAGUUGAAUUCAAUUUUCACAAAUAUCGUUUGAAUGGUCACCCAAUUAAGCUUACUCAUGGUGAUUGGUACGUGGGUAAAGGGUUGACUAGUGCAGUAGUUGACCAUCCAGUAUCUGGGUUAAUCGAAGUGUUCAACACUCACAUUCAUGCGAGUUACGAGGCUAAAAAAAAUGAUGAGUAUCUGGCACACAGAGUUUCUCAAGCUUGGGAAGCCGCAAAUUUAAUGAAAAUUUCAGCUUCACGAGGACGAAAUGUUAUUGCGGUUGGUGAUUAUAAUAGCGAGCAAGAUACCCUUGCAUAUAAACUUAUCACUCAACAUGGACAGAUGACCGAUUCUUGGCAAUCUCAAAAUUCUGAUACACCGAUUAGCGCUUCCACCAAUUCCAUUAACCAACAAGAAGUUGGUUUACCUGCAAUCGAUGCGAAUGCUGCCAUCAACCGAAAAGGUAUUACUUGUGACUCUCCAAUUAAUACAUGGUCUAAGUGUUUUUUCAAACCUGCGACAUCUAAUCGGGAUGAUGGUAUUCGCAUCGACUAUGUAUUUUACCGAAAGACAUCGAGAUUUUGGUGCAGUCGUUCACGUGUUGUCUUCACCGAAAAGAUUCCGGAACUGGGAUAUUCUUAUUCCGACCAUUUUGGUGUUGAAGCUACAUUUACACUUGUUGGACGCGACAAGAAUUCUGUUAUUCCGUUAUCUGUUUGGGAACAAGGCCCUUAUGAAACUUUACAUGAAUUGGAUACUCGCUCAAUAAAAAACAUGAUCGAACUUCUCGACAGGACUUUGAGCAGAUCACUAACCACAUCACGUAUACAGAUGUUUUUAUUUUAUAUUUGUCUAUUAUUGGUGUUUGGAUUAAUUGCCAUAGAAAUUUUGUUUUCAGUUGGAACAAUAUCAACUUAUUUUUGGGUGGAGAUAAUUAUUAACGUGGCAAUUGCACCUAUUGCAGUUUAUGGUGUAAUUAUGGGAUUGGUUGGAUUUUUCUAUGGUAACUCUGAGCAAAACGUGCUUAAGCAACUUAUCAGCGAGAUUCGAACAUAUAGCGAAGGACAAAAGGUUCUUGAAAAUAGAGAGAGUAAGGCUAGUAGAGGAAGCAGUGUAGGGUUUGAGGAUAAUGAUGGCCAACGAUCAUCCGCAGCAGUUGGAAUAAAUAUCGAACUUGACGCAAAAGAUACCCCGUAUAAACUAUGA